AUGUCUGAAGAAUCGAUAGGUCCUAGUGACAAAUAUAAUUCCUCCAAUGAUCCAUCAACGCAGGGGGAAGAUAAUCUAACUCUCCAUGACCUUCCAGGACUACCGAACAUUACCGAAACCAACGAAUUUGACCAUGAGAAAGAGGAGGAUGUAUUGGACGGUAAAGACCAAUCAUCAGGUAAAGAUUUUGUUGAGUUCAACCUAGGGGCUCUGCAUUUGCCUCAAGAGAUGCCAAAUAUACGCACAAGUAAUAACGCUAUGAGGUCUUUUGAGAAUCAACUGCCAGAACCAAGCACCACACCAUCAGUUCAAACAAAUCACGAGAACUUGGAGAACCUGCCAAAUAUUGCCUCUUUCGAGACGAAAGCAAAUUAUGUAUCAAUUGAAACCGAAGAAACUGAAAAUUUAUCUCCAAUAGAAGUGAAGGAUACAAUGAUCCUUGGGGAUCAAGAGGGAUCAGAUGAUGGUAGUGUAUUGUUUGAAUAUGAUGAUGAAGAUGAGGAUGAGGAAGAAGGGGAAUGGCAGGAAAUGCCCACCGUUGCUAAUAGCUAUGAUGUUUAUAAUGAUAAGGGUGAGCUUAUUAAUGAUUCUACUGAAACAGACACUGCUCAUAUGAUCCACAAUUCUCAAAUGUUGACACCGAAGAGCAAGAACGAACAUAAACUGAAGCCUGCUCUUCAAGGUGGGAAUGGCAGUCAAGGAUAUACAAGAAUUGCUAUACAAUCGCAAGCUGAGAGUUAUGCGGAAACUGACAAAAAGACUGAUUUCUUAUUCCGAAGUAAGGAAGCAGUAAACAAAGAACAAGCUUUUAAUGAGAAAGAGACAGAUGAUGAAGAACACGAGGAGGAUUUUAUUGAUGAAUCUACCAGGUCAGCAUUAGACCAGAUGCAAGCCACUAAAGAGAUGCUUAAAGUGGAAGAGAUUUUUGCGUAUGUUGGUUUAGUGAAACUUAUAAUGAUUGAAAUGGCGACAGACAUGGCUAAAUUGAGCACUAGUAAAUACAAAAAUAGCAAAAUUCUUAGUGCAUCCCAAUCAUCCUUAGCGAUAUGGUCUCAAAAGGUUAUGUCGGAUUUGUAUGACCACAUGGAUGUUACUAAAGAAGAGAAGAAGAUGAUUGAGAAUUUGAGUAAUCAUGGUGUUAUGCCUAACGAUUUAGCUAGAAGUUUAGCAAAAACCGAGGUAAUUGAUAAUCCAAUUUAUGAGGAUGAGGAGAUAAAAAGGGAUGCAAAAUUUGUUCAGAUGAGAGCAAAUGGUGAAGAAAAUUUAGAUUCAGAGAUCACAGAGGUUAAUGCAAAUGAACAUGCGAACGACACAGAUAAGAGCUCUUCAGAAAACAUUUCCCAAUCAGUAGCAGACGAUAUUAACAUUCAAAAAACCCUAGAGCCUGAGGACAUAAUGAAUCAAAAAAAAAUUGAAAUUGAUGUGGCCUGGACAGUGAUUUGUGACUUAUUUCUUAUCCUUAUUUACGACUCCGUUUAUGAUUCUAGAUCGCGUACCCUUUUGAUGAGAUUUGGGGAGGCAAUAAAACUUUCAAAUUUUGAAAUUUGUCAAUUUGAAAGACGCAUUACUGAUGCACUUGAAAUUGAUGAAGGUUCUGAACAACAAUUGAACGAAAAUGAAUUUGUUAAUUACCGAGCCAAGAGAGCUAAGAGAAAGAGAAUGAUUUACAUUGGCUUAGCUGGUGUUGGCGGAAGUUUAAUUCUUGGUGUUUCAGGUGGACUUUUGGGCCCCCUAAUUGGUGCAGGUAUUGCUGCUGGGCUAUCUACAGUUGGUAUCGCCGGAACAUCGGGGUUUCUUGCAGGGACAGCGGGUACAGCAAUAGUUACGACAGUGUCAACAGGUAUUGGAGCGAAGGUUGGUGCGAGUGGGAUGAUGAAAAGAACAGGUUCUGUAAAGACAUUUGAAUUCAAGCCUCUACACAGCAAUAAAAGGCUUAACUUGAUCAUCACUGUCAGUGGGUGGAUGAAUAGUGUUGCCGAUGAUAUCAGAUUACCAUUUUCUACUGUUGAUCCAGUAAUGGGAGAUUUAUACUCCUUGUUAUGGGAACCCGAGAUGUUAACUACUGUUGGUCAGACAAUUAAUAUCUUGGCAACAGAAAUUUUGACCCAAUCUGUCCAACAAAUUUUAGGUGCCACAGUAUUAACUGCAUUUAUGGCCGCAAUACAAGUGCCGAUGGCACUUUCAAAGUUAGGUUACUUGUUAGAUAAUCCAUGGAAUGUUUCAUUGGAUAGAGCCUGGGCAGCUGGUUUGAUCUUGGCCGAUACUUUAAUAUCUCGGAACUUGGGAGUUCGUCCAGUGACCCUUGUUGGCUUUUCAAUUGGUUCAAGAUUGAUAUAUUCAUGCUUGCUUGAAUUGGCCAAAAAAGGGGCUUAUGAUUUAGUGGAAAAUGUCAUUAUAUUUGGCGCCCCGUUUGUUUAUAACAGUGAGCAACUCUCUUUGUGUCGUUCAGUGGUUUCAGGACGAUUUAUCAAUGGUUACUCAAAGAAGGAUUGGAUUUUGGGCUAUCUUUUCCGAGCCACCAGUGGCGGUAUUAGAAGAGUGGUAGGUUUAUCGCCAAUUGAGGGUAUCGAAGGUAUUGAGAAUUUUGAUUGCACUCACCACGUUACAGGCCAUAUGGAAUAUCGUAAGGCUAUGCCUAGAUUGUUAUCGAUGGUUGGCUGGGAUGUUUUAUCUGAAGAGUUUGUGGAAAUCGACGAGCCAGAUCCCGAGCAAGCCGAAAGACAAAGAGAGUUGGUUCUAGAAUUUGAGGAAAAUGCCCAACAAGUUCUCAAAGAUAAGUCAAAAGUCAGUACCAAAAAGAAAGGUUGGAAGUCAUGGUUCAAACCAAAACGGAAGGAAUGGUGGGAAGUGUACGCCGAAGGACAAGUACAAAAUGAUACUUCAAAGGAUAAAGGUGACGGUCAAGUUGAAGAAUCACCUGAAGAUAAUGCUAGUAAAUCAGAUCCACAUGCGGAAUACAAUUUUUUUAAUGUUGAUAAAUUGAAGCAAGAAAUCGAAGCCUUGAAGGAAAGCGGUGGGUUACUGAAAAUCAAUGCAGAAUUUGAAACCAAUUUGAAAAAGAGAGAGAGCAAGGAAGGGUCGUAUAAUGAUGAUGAUGAUGAUGAUGAUGAUGAUGAUGAUGAUGAUGAAAAAGAAGAAGAAGAAGAAGAAGAAGAAGAAGAAGAAGAAGAAGAAGAAGAAGAAGAAGAAGAAGAAGAAGAAGAAGGGUACAAGGAGGCACACGAAAGAGAAUGCAACUACGAAAAUGAAGAGAAAGUAAAAGUCAAAAGGUGA